GAGAGAGAGAGAGAGAGAGAGAGAGCUCCUUUGAUGAGACAGAGAUAUUACUCCUUUGAUGAGACAGAGAUAUUACUCUUUUGAUGAGAGGGAAGGGGAGAAAAUAAAACUUCAUAUUUGAUUAUAAUGGUAGAGAGAGAGAGAGAAUAAACUACUCAUUCGAUUGUAAUGGUAGAGAGAGAAAGAAUAAAACUACUCCUUUGAUAGUAAUGGUAUUUCCAUGGCGACAAACUCAGUUCAUCGGCCCUCUUCCCCCUGUUUCAGGAAGAAUAAUAAAUUGGGUUCAGUUGUUAGCUCCCGCUUCAUUAAAAACUUGUCUCAGCUUUCUAGAGUGUCAGAGAGAUGCAGUUCAAUUCAAUCGCAUGGGCAAUCCACUGCUCAGGAUAUUGCCAAGAAGCUUUUAGUUCAUGUUGUGAAGGAGGGUGAGACUUUGACUUCGAUUUCCAGAAAGUAUAGGGUUUCAAUAGAGCUAAUUGCAGCAGCUAAUACUGACAUAACUAAUGUUGAUUUUGUACUGGAAGGCCGAAGCCUGAAUGUUCCUAUCGUCUCCAAAGAAAUUCAGGGGGUUUCACCAAGAGAAAAUCAUGCCAUUCAAGGUGAUGCGAAGGAAAUAUUUCAAUAUUCUCAUGUGAAUACCUUAGUGGCUCAAGCAAACUACAAUCUUUCGAGGAUGUUGUCCCCUCAUUAUUUACAACUUGCUAAAGGCACAGGUUAUUUCCUUCUUGUGGCUACUCUUGUAGCAUUUUGCUUCAGAUACAUUUUUAGUGAGUUCCAUCACAGAUUUGCCAAUAAAUUGAAACAUCAGGCACAGAAUGACUUGAAGGUGCCUCAUGAUGGAUCAGGAAGCAUGCGUUGGAAAUUUGCUCUCAGUGAGAUUAGAGAGAUGGGUAUUGUGGAUGCUGAAUCUAGGGAGAACCCCGAUGGAGAUAGUCAAGACCAAGAACUGGACUCUCUAGAAGAGGUGGCCGAAGCCUACACCAAACUCGAACCCGCCUAUCAAAAAUUCCUUUCAGAAUGCGGAAUGAGCAAAUGGGGGUACUGGCGAGGCGGCUCUCCUCAUGGUUAAAUUCGUUUAGCACAAUGCUAAUGCCAAAAUUUAUACGUGUAGAUAUCCCCCUUGCCUUGGGCGGCAGUGUAUAUUAGCAAUUUGUGUCACUUGCUAUACUACCAUUUACCCUUGUUGGCUUCAUUUGUCUUUGUAAAUAACUAUUGGUAAAACAAUGAGAUGACAAAUUUGUUUCA